UUUCAGACUCUACCCCACACAAGUCAAGGCGGCCGUUGUUACUUGUGCGCAACGAUUCCGCGCACACCCGGAACAACGGAGACCGGUGUUGUGUGCAUGGACCUGUGUCCCCGGAUGGAGGAUGGAAUGAGGUCGGGGGGUCGGCGAGCAGGUCGAACGAGGAGAAGGCGAGGGCGGAAACAGCGGAAUACCAGCAAAUCAGUGUCCCUAUCCCACCAGCAGCAGUAUGUCACUUUGUUGCGAUUCCUUCACAAGCAUGGAUUUGACUGUGUGUUGCAGCCAGCCAACUUUACUGACUUUGGGAGAGGUCUGCAGGCCCAAGAGAUCAUUAAGCCCGACGACCUGAUUAUCUCUCUGCCAGAGGCCUGCCUGAUCACCACCUCCACCGUGUUGGACAGCUACCUCGGGCCGUACAUCAAGAGCUGGAAACCCCGCCUCUCUCCCUUAUUGGUUCUCUGUGUCUUCCUAGUCUGUGAGCAACACAAAGGAGAAGAGUCUGAUUGGUUCGCUUAUAUCAACGUCCUGCCCGUAACAUACACUUGCCCCGCCUAUUUUAGCAAUAAUGUCAUCGCUCUCCUGCCAGCCAGCAUACAAAGCCAGGCCCGAGAUCAGAGAAAGGCAGUCAAUGAUCUUCAUUCCUCCAAUCAGGACUUCUUCAGGUCCGUGCAGCCAAUCCUGAGCCGGGAUGCGGAGGAGGUGUUGACCUAUGACGCUCUGAGGUGGGCGUGGUGCAGUGUCAAUACCCGCUCAGUCUUCCUGUCCCGCCCACCCAACCACUUCCUGUCUGGACAGGAUGUGUAUGCUCUGGCUCCCUUCCUAGACCUGCUUAACCACCGGCCGGAUGUGCAGUUGUCGGCCAGUUUCAAUCAUGUGAACGCGUGCUACGAGAUCAGGACUGUCGCCGGAAUACAGCGUUAUCAGCAGGCUUUCAUUAAUUAUGGUUCCCAUGACAACCAACGCCUGUUGAUAGAGUAUGGCUUUGUUGCCCCCGGCAACCCAAAUAGUGUGGUCUACGUGGAUGCAGAUCUCCUUCAACAAGUCCUGCAGGGCGCGCUUGACAGGAGUGUAGACCAAAAAAUGAAGUUUUUAAGAGAAAACAAUUUCUCCCAUAAUCUGACCGUGUCCAGUGACGGUCCCAGUUGGAGGCUGAUGACUGUCCUCAAGCUGUUGGCCCUGCCGCAGGCUGCAUAUCCUUCCUGGAAGGCUGUGUUGCUUGGCCAGUCAGUGUGCGACGACAGCGAACAGUGGGCAGGUAGGACUGCCUGGAUACUCUGUCAAAGACUACUGCAGGACACAAACACAUCCAUGGAGAAGAUAUCCAGUCUCCUCCAGCAUUGUGACAAGCCAACGAAAGAGCAGCUGGGUGUGAUCAGGUCACUCCGGCAGGAAGAGCAGAACAUUCUGGAGAGUUGCAUGCACGUACUUCAUGGCAUACUAGGAGAGUCCUCCCUCACCCAACCACAACAGGGCUGAUCACCCAUUGGAUUUCCGGGAUGCCAAUCACAACGGUCCUUCAGGACUGGGGAUCAAGUCCACGUGGAUAUCCCCUUUAUUAGUUACUACGGAAGAGCAAGGUUCAGAUUUGAUAACUAGGUUGGAAAAGACAGUGAGGUUUCCCCUCUGUGUGGUCAGUCAUUUACAUGCAUCAGGACAGAAGCCACAAACCAUAGAUCUGUAGCAAAUGCAGCUUAAUUAAUGCAGCCCGCUCAAAUAGUCAAGUUUGGAGCAGUUGCGGGAUAUUAAAAGUCAGAGGCAAGAUCUAUUUUGUCAAAAUGUGUCUGCAUGUUUAACCUUCCUUUGGUGCAAAUACAUAAACAAAAGAUACACAUGCAGGAUUGCUGGGAUUUGGUUCAAAUGCGUGGUAAUGUACAUCAACUUAGUCCAUGGUGUGUUUUAAAGGGGAUUUGGGCAUUUUCAGAAAGACUUCAAUUAAAGUCAGUUACAUUUAAAUGUGGUGCAGAUUUUCCUCAGGCAAAUGUUUGAUAACGUAUUUCCUAUACAAGGACUGUAGAUGCUUACUGUGCUAGAAAUUGACACGUGGUUGCUAGAAGAUAAACGGCGGUUCUCUUGCAUAUAAUAAAUGAAAUUUAUAUAGCGCUUAAUAUGGUACUCUAAGACGCUUUAUCAUAUAUAUCAAUGUUUAUAGCAACCAGUUUCCAUGCGCCCAAUAUCUAUCCCACAUUGAGUAGUUUCGAUGCAAUACAAAUAUAAUCCGUUUAAUAUUAAAAAAAUAUUAUUUAUUGCAAGUUUACACAAACUGAUCUUAAAAUAUAUCCAACCCAAUUCACUAACAUUUUAAAUCACUCGCAUGUCACAAAGAAUAAAUGCAGAAGUUAGAUUCACAAACCUGUAUACAUGUCAGCUAAUAAAUAAUCAUUUUUUUAUUCA